AACAUUAAUACAUUAUCUAAAAAACAAUGGAACAGUCAUUGAACGUAAAGAAGCGGAAGGUUCAAAAUAUUGAAAAGGAAUCUGAGGGUCCUGUUAACAAAAAAACUAAAACAAAAGUUACGCAAAACGUAAAGGAAUCUAGAGGAAAAAUUAAAAGCAAAGAAAAGUCUGAAGUUCCCAAUAAAAAAACAAAAACGCUAACACUUGAACAAGAAUCUCAUAAUAAUGCAACUUUAAAAAGUAAACAGAAUAAUGAUCCACGAAAUACAGUAAUUGAUUGUGAUGAAGCUGAAAUGUUAUCGCAUAUUGAAAAGAUUCCGCUGAAAUUGGCUUCAAACUUUAUUUCACUUUUGUCUGCUGGGUGCACUUUACCAUUUAUUGCCCGCUAUAGAAAAGAGGCAGUGGAUUUCUUAAUGCCCGAUCGUCUACAGGAGUUAUUUGAAAGUUACCAAAAUGUUACUCAAUUGAAAAAAAAGAUGAAAUCAGUUAUAGAAACAUUGAAGAAAUCUAAGAAGCUAACACAGGAUAUUGAAAAAAGCAUUUUUAAUGCUCGGAGUUUGUCAGAAAUUGAUUUAUUGUAUGCACCAUUGAAAUCUCACUCUUUGUCGUUGGCGGAAAGAGCUCGUAAUUUGGGCCUAGAAAGUUAUGCAAUAAGAAUGUUAAAUGGUGAAUAUAUUGACUUAAAAUCUUUAUGUACUGGUGACGAAGAGCUGUGUUCUGAAUCCAAAGUGGACACACACAUCACCCAUAUAUUAGCAGAUAUUAUCUACAAAGACACAAGAGUUCUGGAACAAAUGCGAAAAUUAAAAGAAGAAACAAGAUUCACAAUACAAAGCAGCCGUAGUAAAAACUCUACUAAAGAAAAAGAGAACAGUAAUAAAAAGAUUGAUUCUAAAUCUGAUCCAGAGACAUACAAGCUAUACUUUGAAUGGUCAUGUCCAUGCCAUUUUGUAAAACCUCAUCAAACUUUGGCAAUCAACAGAGGAGAGGAUGAAAAAAUCUUGUCUAUAAAAGUGAUUAUUCCUGAUUGGUUUUACAAUAAGUUGGAAAGAUAUUGUCUAACGUUAUGGAAGAGUAAGCACUGGGUUUGUAAAGGUUUAAGUGAUGCCUAUAAUCGCCUUAUCAAAUCUUGGCUGUCCAGACAAGUACGUUCUGAUCUUACUGCUGCAGCAGAAAAAGAAGCUGUGAAAACAUUUACAACAAAUCUUGAGAAGUAUCUGUUAACUGAGCCUAUAAAAAAUAGAACAAUAGCAGGAUUAGAUCCUGGAUUUAAAGCUGGAUGUAAGGUAGGUAUUAUUAAUCCAAACGGAGAUAAAGUCGAAGCAUGCACGAUAUAUCCAAAUUUAAGACAAAGCAGCCACCUUGAUCCAGCUGUGAAACAACUGAAAGAUCUUUUGACAAAACACAGAGUUGACUUAAUUGGUUUGGGCAAUGGAACUGCAUGCCGUGAGACAGAAUCAUGGUUAAAAACUCAUCACAUAGUUGGAAACAUACCUAUUGUAAUAGUACCAGAGCAAGGUGCAUCCAUAUAUUCAAUAAGUAAAGAAGCUCAAAAGGAGCAUCCCAAUAUGGAUCCAAAUUUAAUAUCUGCCUUAUCAAUAGCAAGAAGGGUAAUGGAUCCACUGGGAGAAUUGAUAAAAGUGGAUCCGAAAAAUUUAGGUGUUGGGCUCUAUCAACAUGAUGUUCCUCCAAAAAUGCUGGAAACCGGGUUAGAUUGCACUGUGGAAAAAGUGGUCAGUUUGGUUGGAGUUGACAUAAAUACUGCGUCGCAAGCUAUGCUAAGGCGGAUUGCCGGCCUAAAUGAUGGGAGAGCAAAGAAAAUCCUAGCAUACCGUCAAGACAGGGGCGGAUUUGCUAGUAGAGCUGAAAUAUUGAAAGUGACUGGUAUUGGGAAAAUUACUUACCAGCAAUGUGCUGGUUUUCUAAGGGUGCUUGGUGGUACUGAACCAUUGGAUUCUACAAUUAUACAUCCAGAAAGUUACAAUAUAGCAAAAUCUAUCGCAAAAAAAAUUGACGUUAAUAUAAAAGAUCUGAAUAAACCACACUUUCCUCAAUUGGUGGAAUCAAAGCUAAGUGGUUAUGACAUAAAUAAAAUGAGCAAGGACCUGGACGCAGAUGUUAGUACUUUGGAACUUAUAAUCGGCGCAUUGAAACAGAAAACAAAUGAAGGGAACAUAAUUUCAUUCUGUAGACCUGUGUACUCUAUAAGCGUUCAGGGUGUGGAUCAGUUACAGGAGGGGAUGACACUCACGGGUAUUGUACGUAACGUAGUUCCGUUCGGUUGUUUUGUGGACUGCGGAAUAGGUGAGAAUGGUCUGAUACACCGAAGUAAACUGAGCGGCUGUCAAACUCCGAAACUGGGCGACCGUGUUUCAGUGACGGUGAUUCCGUCAACGAAGCCAAAGAAAAUACAACUGAAACUUGAAAAAAUUUUAGACUGACUUACCAAUCGGUAAAGCCAUUGUAUUGUGAUAAUUAUUCUAACAUUAUGUGAUAAG